AUGACACGAGGCGUUCACAUUUGGGCUCUGCUGGCGGCUGUGGUCGGACAGGCGCUGCUCUCGUCGGGCGCAGCAAUUGCUGCUGAUGCGGAUCAGUCGCGGCUGGCCGGGCUCUAUGUCAAGGAUGGCAAUCAGAAUGGGCAGCUGCGCUUUCUGGCCUCCGGCCUCAAUACCAAUACGAAUGGUGUCGGCGGCGUCGGCGGCAACAAUGGGCUGAAUGCUGCGCUCAACGAGUUCAUCACCAACAAGCAGGACAUGCUCGAACAGCUGCGUCCUGUCACCGGCACCGGCACUGGCACUGGCACUGGCCUGGGACUGGGCACAGGCCUAGGCACUGGCCUCGGCACUGGCCUCGGUACUGGCCUCGGCACUGGCCUAGGCACCGGCGCAGCUAGCAGCAACGGCGCUGCCAAUGGCGCCAUCUAUGUGAGUCUGGCCAACGGCAAUGGCAAUGGCUCGCCCGUAACCACCACCGGCACAGCUGGCACUGGGACCGCCGGCACCGGUGUGAGCAACAGUCAGGCUGCCCUCAAUCAGGUCAUCUAUGGCUCCUCGCCCGUCAACGGCUUGCUGCCCCAGGUCAUUGGCCAGGCGGUGGCCACCCGUGCAGGUGGCAAUCGGCGACGCGUCCAGCAGCGUCGCCGUCGCGUCAACAAGAAGGGCAAAGGCAGACGUCGUCGCAGGGGCAACAAGGGCAAAAAUGGCAAGAAGCGACCCAAAGUGGUCGUCGUGCGUCCCAAUCGCGGCUGA